AUGGCCCUGUGGGUCCCAGCACAUGUUGCUCUGCACCUUCUGAGCCCUGAGUGGAUUUUUGGCUUAGGGAAGGGAAACUACUGGACCUUAGAUCCCAACUGUGAGAAGAUGUUCGACAACGGGAACUUCCGCCGCAAGCGCAAGCGCCGCUCGGAGCCCAACGCGCCCGCAGCCUCCUCCCUGGGGGGCCUGAAGGCCGAGGAAGAGCGACCCAUCCCAGCCGCAGGAAAACCGUGUGGAAACAGCCCACCCCCAGAGCUGGACCCCUCGCCUUCUGCCAGAGACCAUCCAAAAAGCUCCUCUCCCUCCGGGAUCAUUUCAUCCACCCCCAGCUGCCUCAGCACCUUCUUCAGCGGCAUGAGCUCCCUGAGCGGCGGGGGCGGCCGGGGGGCGGGGGGGCUCAGCAGUGACCUGCAUCACAGGAACUUCUCUGCUGGACAGCUGAGCAGUGGCACUUUCACCCCUUCCAGCAGCUCUUCUCAGGAGGUGCCUUCGCCAGACCAGCUGCAGCGGGUGGCGGGACCUUCCCCUGCCUACUACAGCUCCUUCCAUCCCAGCAGCAGCAGCCAGGGAGCCCAGUACAACCACUACUACAACUUCACUGUUAACAGCCUCAUCUACACCCGGGAUGGAACAGAGGUGUAG